UUGAGCAGCUUUGCGAUCGAACAAAACGCUUAACGGAUUGCAAUUUCGCGCCGCCUGCGCCUCGCAGGCCAGAAAAAUAUAAACAAUAAAAAAUAAGUAUAUAUUUUCGGGAUAUACCAUCGCUGGAUCGGAUGAGCCUCUGAUCUUCCAGUCUAUCUCCAACAUCAGGAUGAGCGCCAAGCUGCACGAGUUCGCGGUGGUGCUACUGCGCGAUGGCCAGGCCACGCCCUGGGGCAUCCGUUUGGUGGGCGGCAACGAUCUGGACACACCGCUAAUCAUCACCAGGGUGCAAGUGGGCAGCCCAGCGCACGGCGAACUUCUAAGAGGCGAUAUCAUCUCGAAGAUCGGCGAGUACGACGCACGCGACCUGAGUCAUGCGGAUGCACAGCAGCUGUUCCGCGGCGCUGGCAACGAGAUCCGCCUGGUGGUGCACAGGGAUAACAAAAUCGCAUACACGCAGGGGGCAACUCAGGAGGCAGCUCCUGGAUCGCGAAGCAACUCCACUUUGCCGCCGGUCACUCCGGACCUGUUGCCCCACCGCGGUCCGUCGCCUUUUUUGCCCGGACCCAGCCACUUUGAGAGGGCCCUCCAGUUGCCGGUGGACACCUUGCCGCAGACCGUGUUUCCCCAGCUGAACUCAUCCGGUGGCUAUGAGGUGCCAUCGACUGUGUUCUCGCCCAAACCGACCAGGGACCAUCAACAGGACGUCGAUGAGGAGCAGGCCGCCAUUGUGAAUCAGCCCUACCGUACAACUCCGCUGGUCCUGCCCGGCGCCAAAGUGAAGAAGGAUGCGCCCACGACAGAGUCCUACUUGAGGCACUACCCCAACCCGGCUGUGCGCGCCCACCCAGGACACGACUACCAUGACAGUAUCAUGAAGCAGCGCGUGGCCGACACCAUGCUGCACAAGGUGGUCGGUUCGGAAGCCGACACUGGCCGCGUCUUCCACAAGCAAUUCAACUCGCCCAUCGGCCUGUACUCCAACAACAACAUCGAGGACACCAUCAGAUCCACAGUUCCCUUCGCCACAAGCGAAAGCAAUCGCUUGAAGGACAGUCCUUUGCAUCGUCCUUUGCCAACAAAACUUAACGGCUAUAAGAAAACUGUCCAGUACGAUCCCAGGAACAGCGAAACCUACAGAGCCAUUCAAGAAGAGGGCGGCUACAGCAACUAUGGCCAAUCCUCGCCACAGGAAGUGACCAUUCCUGUGCAGACUAAGGUCUAUCAGCCCAAUAGAUUGGUUCCAGGAAAGAAACCAGUAUCAGCGCCAGUAUCCCGGCCGCCGUACAAUGUGGUAAACACCCAUGAUGAGAACAUACGCCAGAGCGGCUCCUUCAAUCGUCUCAUGUACAGCGUGAUUGGUGCCACCGAGUACUAGAAAGUGCAUCUGCAACACAAGCGACAGCAGCAACAGCAACAUCAACGCAACAUCGGCAACAUCUGCUGCAGUUGUUUUAUCUCCUAACAUAUUUAGCGGAUUUUUAUGAAAUUCUGUUUAACUUACUCAAUAAAUUAUAUGAAGAACGACAAGAAAUUGUGAACCACUAACAAGCUUGAUGAUAUAAUGGAUUGGUAAUCAAUUGGCAUCGAAAUAAAUUUACGAUAUAAACACCACUUAACGCCGUCUCAACCUAAUUACUGUCUGCAUAUGCAAUAGAAAACGUAUAUAAAUUAAUUAAAUAAAAAAGGAAAGUAAAAUUUGAUUUAUAGUUAUGUUUAUGUUAUGCUGAUUCUAAGUUAACAGCCGUCAGGCGUGUUAAUACCGAGUGAUUCUAGUCAUGGAAUGUAAUAGGUAUUAAGAAUGUUUUAAUUAAUAAAAGUGACUUUGAUUGGAUGAAA